CCAUUCUUGUCAACUUACCACGUCAGAAUCAGAACUGUCAUACAUUUCUUCACAAUAAAGAAAAUAAUUUGCUAAAAAAGUCAAAGUUUUCAAUAUAAACGCAUUCAUUUCUAUUGCAAGAUGGGUUUACUUAUCUCAAACCUGCUCAACAAUUUCCUAAGCAAACAAAAUGUUCGUAUACUGAUGGUUGGCUUGGAUGGUGCUGGUAAAACUACCAUUCUAUACAAACUCAAAAUAGGUGAAGUUAUCUCGACCAUUCCAACGAUUGGCUUCAAUGUCGAGACUGUGGAAUAUAAAAACAUCUGCUUCACCGUCUGGGAUAUUGGUGGUCAAAAGAAAAUUAGAAACCUGUGGAAUCACUACUUCCCAAAUACGUCUGCCGUCAUAUUUGUUGUCGAUUCAUCAGAUACACAACGCAUGGAUGAUGUGAAAGAAGAACUACACGGCAUGAUGUCCAAUGAGGUUUUGGCAAGCUCGGUAUUAUUAGUGUUUGCAAACAAGCAAGACUUGCCAAAUGCCCUAAGUUGUGCGGACUUGACAAAACAAUUGGAAUUGCAUACCCUAAAGCAAGACUGGCAUGUCCAUGCCACAUGUGCCACAACCGGCAAAGGUCUCUACGAGGGUUUGGACUACUUGCGUGAUAUGUUGGAGAAGAAAAAUUAAACCUUUCUCUUAAUGCGUAUUCAGUGAAUGGACAUUCUAAUAUACAUACAUACAUAUUUUAAGUUAAUUUUAAUUGUAAACGAAGAUUAUAAUAAUAAAUAAGCCCCUGUAUAAUCCAUA